AUGGCUAUAAAAUCUGUACUCGUUGUUCUAGCUUCUUUUCUACUAAUUAGCUCUAAGGUUUUGUCAAAAAAAGAAACAGAAGAUGUUCGUGUCGAGGGCACUACACUUGUAACUCCCACAUCAACUCCAACUUAUAAAAGUUCACCACCACCACCACCACCACCAUCACCUAAGCUCGUACCUCCGCCACCAGCAAUCAAGACACCUCCACCACCGGCGAUCAAGACACCUCCGCCACCGGCAAUCAAGACACCUCCACCACCGGCGAUCAAGACACCUCCACCACCCUCCAACCCACCUCCUCCUCCCUCAGCAAUACGCCCAAGAAACCCACAAGAGUGCACUCUCGCGUGUUCGGGAAGGUGCAAAAAGCACUCGAGGCAGAAUAUCUGCAUGAGAGCCUGCAAAACGUGCUGUAUGAGAUGCAAAUGUGUUCCGCCGGGCCAUUAUGGAUACAAAGAACUGUGCGGCGCCUGUUAUGCGGGCAUGACCACUCGCGGAGGAAAAUCCAAGUGCCCUUAG